AUGGAUUUUUCAGACCAGCUCGAAACACAAAAAUCGAAAUAUAAAUCAAUAACGGUAGAAAGACCAAUUCCUUUACAAUAUGAUCUCGCAUUAUUAGCCGCCUUUGAUACUAAUGCAUUAGAUGAAUCACGUUUAAAAAAUGACACAGAUAACUAUCUCAAAGAAUAUACAAGAGAUGGCACUCAACUCUUAAUUAAUCAAAUAUUUAAAUUACCAAUUACAACUUCAGAUUUGGGUAAACUAGCAGAAUUACCUGAACAGAUCACUGUUAUUCCACGAGAAAAACCCUUACCAAAACUUAAACCCCCAACAAGAUGGGAGAAAUUUGCAAAGGCUAAGGGCAUACAACACCGUAAUAAGAAUAAAAUGAUAUAUGAUGAAGCUACUGGUGAAUGGGUUCCCCGAUGGGGUUACAAAGGCACUAAUGGUGACGGUGCAAACGAUUGGUUGAUUCCCGUUCCACAAAAUGAUGAUCCAUUUGAAGAUCAGUUUAGUAAAAGACGUGAGGCUAAAAAAGAACGUAUUGCAAAGAAUGAAGCACGUCAUAGAAGGAAUAUUGAAGAGUCUGAAGCUGCAUUAAAUCAAACAAAGGGUGCAGAUGCCCGAUCAUUACGGAAAGGUGAAUUGCAGCGUCAAAUUGCCAUAUCUAAAUCAGCUACUGCUAGUAUCGGAAAGUUUGAUAAGACUUUGAAAGGAGAAUUAAAAUUGAAAGGUGUAAAAAGAAAGUUUGAACCAAGUAUUGGAGAUGUUAAGAAGGAAAAAGAAUUAAAUUUAAAUAUAUUGAAAAAAGUUGUUGGUAAGAAAGGUGAUAUAGUUAAUGUAAGAAAGGCUAUUGCUAAAAGAGGUCAAUAG